AUGGUCUCUUGGCUUAGUCUGCGUGGCUCCUCUGAAAACAUUGACGGCGGCAAUCCCUCAAAGUAUGAGAAGAUUGGAUGUGCCACUGCUCGGGAUCGCGGUGCUGCGGUGCGGGCGAGGGAGAAAGACGGUUGUGUUGGAAGGGGCAGAAUAACUUGGGCGGUUAUUCGAAGGCGUUUCUCCUGCAGUAGCGUGGCAGCUCGAUGUAUGCCGGGUGAAUUGCUGGAAAGAUCCACCUACACCACGGCAAUAAAGCGAUUUGUGCUGCUUGCCGCCUUACUUGCCCUGCAGUCUGGCUCGCAAUUGGUGUUGCAGCGGCACGAGGAGCUCAUAACGAACCAGGUGGCGAUUGUGCUUUUCAUGGGCAUGGUUGUCGGGGCCGGGGGGAACGCAGGCAACCAGGCAGCGGUUGCGGUCAUCACGGCCGUCCUGGCCUCCAGUGAGUGUAGCAGUGGCGGGGGUGAGGCUCCACUACGAAGCACAGAGUGCACCAUAGUAGACUGUUCACCGUCCGAGAGCGGCUACCCCCUCUCCGUGCUCAAAUCGCCCCACGUCUCUUGCAACCUGCGGUUAUCGAGAUGGGAGGUGCCUGUGAUCCGCUUUCCUUGGUUCCUGCGCCUGAAAAGACUACUGCCGCAGUGGUGUGGGAAAGCGUUGACUACUGACGGUGGUGGUGCCAGUAAAAGAAGACGUCGACCAGUGGUAUUGUCCCUCCCUGCCGUCCUGCGACACGAGUUGAUUGUUGCUUUUUUUUGUAGCCUUAUCCUUAUGUGCAUUGGGGCGCUGCGGGUGAUUUUGUUUCUCUGGUUGGAUGCUGCUGGUAAUAGUGAAGCACACCCCACCAGGGCGCUCAAGAACGUAUCCUCUUGGCCAACAGUAACGCAGUGGAGCAAUGGCUCAGUGCUCGUGAUGGCGCUUUCCCUUUCCCUCUUUUUUAUUGUUCUAACCUCCGUGUUGAUUGGCGCAACACUACCGUAUGUACUGGACUUCAUUGGGGUUAACAUUGAGCAUGCCGCCCCCAUUGUGCAGGUGGUAAUGGACCUCUUGGGUACGUGGUUGUGCUGUGCGACGUGCAGUGCUCUCUUACCCUCCCGAAGAAUGGGGGAUACGUGA